AUGGCGGUGGUGAUGAUGGUGGUGGUGGUGAUGGCGAUGAUGGCGGUGGCGAUGAUGGCGGUGGUGAUGAUGGUGAAUAUGUCUGAGACCCCUCUGUUUGCUGAGAUCUCUACUUUGUUUGUCCAAGAAGCUGGCAAAGACCUCACCUAUCUCAUAGUUGUGCUCAUCGGACUUGGAGUAACUGGUGGGUUGUUGUAUGUGGUGUUCCAGGAGCUGUUCUCCUCCUCCAGCCCCAACAAGGUCUACAGCAAAGCCUUCAACGAAGCCAGGUUACACCCAGAGGUGAUUGGAGUGUUUGGGGAGCCAAUCAAGUGCUUUGGUGAGACGUCCCGUCGUGGUAGAAGACAGCGAGUUAAUCAUGUAGAGUAUAUGAAGGAUGGACUAAAGCACAUGAGGCUGAAGUUCUACAUUGAAGGGGAAGAACCUCAGGGAACGAUGCACAUGGAAUCCAAAGAGAACCCUGAAACUGGGAAGUUAGAGUUUCGCUACAUCUUGGUGGAAGUAGACACCUACCCAAGGAGAACCAUCGUCAUCAUGGACAACAGAUAAGAUGGAGGCUGACUCUUUUACCAGUCUGAAAAGGUGCUGCUGGUGCAGGGAGUAAAUUAAUUUGUUGCUGAGUAAUAUUUGUGACGCGAUGUCUUCUCAACAGAUGCCGAUACAGUUUUACAGAUUGUAUCAGUUUAAACAGCAAAAUAGCAGAUGGAAAUC